CAUCCAGUCACUUGCCCUCUCUCCUCACUUUGUACACACCCCCAGCAGGUGCUUUCACUUGAGGUUUAGUUUGCAGUUGUGCUCUAGGCUCUGACUUUCAGGUUAAGCUUAAACUGCACCACAGAGCCUAGGAGGGUCCGAGGCCUCAAGCUGGGGGCUCUGAGACAAUCAUCGAGGGGGGAAACAGAUUGCUGCACCUCUGCCCUCAGGUAGGGCCCAGGGCAUCCCGUCUGAGCUGAGCCUUUGGUCAGCACCGGGACAACAGGCCAGCCUUCAUCCUUCAACAGAACCAGAGCUGCACUGCAUCUGCUACCAUCCAGUCAAGGUUUUGCCUCUGAGCAUCUUUGCCUCGUAACAGUUAUGCAAAAUCCAGUGGGCAGUUUAUCAGAAGACACAGUGUAUGGAUCCAGGAUCGGGAUGACAGAGGACCCCCUCGCCAUCUUGGAGCGAAACAGAGGCUCUGGAGAACCCUGGGACAUGGUAGAGACCAAACCAAGUGUGGAAGCCCUUGAGCGGGGCAUACCGGGCCUCUACCUCUCCUGCUUCGACAUGCUCCUCACUGAAGACGCCACCUGGCUGGUGAAAGUUUCAGAGGCCUCCCCAACGCUGGCUGUACCCAUGACUCGCAUGGAGCAGCAGGAGGAACCAGAGCAGUGCCCAGUCAUUGACAGCCAGGAACAGGGACUCUCUCCUGUGCUGGAGGGCCAGGAGGAGGAGCGUUCUCUGGAGCAAGUGCAGAGCAUGGUGGUGGGAGAAGUGCUGAAGGACAUUGAAACUGCCUGCAAACUGCUCAAUAUCACCCCAGACCCUAUAGAGUGGAACACGGGGAAUGUCCAGAAGUGGCUGCUGUGGACCGAACAUUUGUACAGGUUGCCACAUGCAGGAAAAGCCUACCAGGACUUGACAGGAAAGGACCUGUGUGCCAUGAGCGAGGAGGAAUUUCGCCAGCGCUCACCACAGUGUGGAGACACGCUGCAUGCACACCUGGACAUAUGGAAGUCAGCUGCCUGGAUGAAAGAGCGGUGUUCAGUUGGAGAUACAAAAACUGCAGGUGGCGAGGAACUUUGGUCCGAGGCAGAUUCGUCUUGUUCAGGUCAGCCCAUUCAUCUGUGGCAGUUCCUCAGAGAACUCCUGCUUAAACCUCACAACUAUGGACGCUGCAUCCGCUGGCUCAAUAAAGAAAAAGGUAUUUUUAAAAUCGAAGACUCCGCUCACGUUGCGAGACUGUGGGGACUCCGAAAGAAUCGACCUGCCAUGAACUAUGACAAGCUGAGCCGCUCCAUACGUCAAUACUACAAGAAGGGCAUCAUCCGCAAGCCUGACGUGUCUCAGAGACUGGUGUACCAGUUUGUUCACCCAGUAUGAGGCACAACAUAGUGGGAGGAGGACAAACAAAAAGGACACGCUGUCUUACCGCCAUACACUUGAACACCUAAGCCUGAGAUGAAAAGGUGACAUGGAACACGUGCACUGACCAACCCCAAUGGUACACACUUCCACUGCCAACACUGAAACAACAGCUGGCAGCUGCUGCAUGAAGGCUUAUCUGUGCAUGGACCGAGAAGAAGAGGCAAAACAAUGUGGCUGUUGAGGCUUUUUUCCUGCUGCAGAAUGAAACAACAACACAUUAAAAACAGAAGAAAAAAGAAAUUAGUAAAUGAACUGCCUUGUCAUUUGCAUGAUCUGCCUGUUUAUUUUUCCAUAAUGUGAUUCUUAAUUAUCAUUAGCUCCAUUACCCCAAACAGUUAGAGCUGAUCGCUCUUACGUACAGGCUUCAGGAAAACGCCCAUCGCCCACGCACAGCUACAUUUGCUUUGUCUUUUUGUUUCGCUCAUCUUGACCACUGUCUCUGUUUGAAUUAGAGCCGGUUUCCCUGCCAUAGCUGAAAAUGUGGCUAGGAUUGUUUUGCUUCUUUUUUGGCUUUGGUCCUGGCUGUUAUAUACACAGUCAGCCAGUCUGUUAUCUGCAAGGUGCAGACAAGCAGACUUUAGUAGUUUGCUGAAUCUGGUUUCAAGCCCUUGGAGGACCCUUAAACCCUUCUGUGACUGUAUUGAUAAUGCCAUUUACUAAAUGUGAUUUUCUAAAGUGUAACUUGGUAAAGAGUGAUGCAUUCCUUUAAUAUUGUUGCUGAGAAGCCCUGCUUUAUAUAUAUAUAUACUUUAUGCUGACAACUGCGGUUUGUACUGCUGUACAAUAUCUUGCAUUUCAUGUUGUGGGUGUUUUAAUGUGGAGACCCAAAGUGUUACAAAUAAAUUAAACAGAUGUAAAAUAAAUAAUCAUAUAAGUAAAUUCAGACAAAAUGUAUUAUAUAACCAUGAAAGUGUAAAACAAUUAAAUGCAGUUUUUAGCUGUGUCAGCAGAGUGGCUCGUCCCCCUCCUCUGGAUGAGUUGUUAGAACUUUUAUGAUCCCUUAAUGUUUCAUCUAGUACCAUCACCAGGUCAAUAUUUAAGUUUGGCUGCAAAUCUAAUAAUAUUCCCAACAGCCUCAGCUCUACUUUGUGCUAAUUUGUGAAUGUUACCAUGUCAACACAAUAAACUAAGAUGGUGAACAUUGGAAACAUCAUACCUGCUAUACUUUAGCAUAUUAGCUUGUCGAUAGUAGCAUUUAGCUCAAAGCACCACUGUGGCAAUUCUCCUUCCAGCCCUUUACGUUACAGAAGACUCUUAAACUCUGCUCAUCAUCAUCGUCACUUAAAGUCUUUCAACCAAGAAAAAACAGGACAGAAAAAAGUGCUGGAAUUGAAUAAACAUUACCUGUGAUAAACUCUUUUAUUUUGAAAGGAAGCUGGUUGAAAUAUAAUUUCACUCCAGAUUUUAUUUGAUUAUUUCACAAUUUGUUUGUCAUGUAUUUUUGUCUGCAUUUAUUUACAUGAAUAUUUAUUUCAUAUUCUUUAAAUGUAAUUAAUUUUAAAACUUUGGGGCUGCGUAUUUUACACUCAGUUCUUACUACAGUGCUUAAUGUCUGCCUGAGCAAGGAUAGGAUAUCCAAGCUUCAAACAGGGCUCAAUAAACUUUAUUUUUAAAAUGAA